AUGAAGAUUUCCGGCGCAGUUCUUAUUUCUGCUCUUGUAGCUACCGCAACGGCCUUUGAUAAGUGGCAGCCAUGGGGAAAACGUGAUUACUCCUGCCUUAACGUCUACCAAGGCAUCCCUGAUAACUCCACCCUCGCUGCUGGACAGUCCGUCCAGCUGCGCUUCAACCGUGCACCCACCACACACUGCUCCGACCCAUUGGCAAAGUACCCUGCUAGCCAGUAUGGCUAUGGCGUGUGGCUGUAUAACAACCCUGUCCGCCAUCUGGAUACCAUCUCCUAUGCGCAGUCUGUUAAACUUCUGCAAGGGGUUAAUGCUACUUCUGGGGUAAUUGAUAUUGAGAUCCCGAAGGAUCUGCCCCAUGUUGCCGAUGGCAGUGUCUGGUAUCUGCGUUUGGAUACUUCCUUGGAUACAGCUCCUCAGAUGCCGACGGUGUACAACGCCGCUGGCCCGUUUACUAUUACCGCUUAG